GGUCGGAGGGCGGGCAUGGAGGUCGAUAAGCCGAGAGCUCCUAAGCGAAAGAAGCUAAAGGACAAUCACCCUUUGAAGCCCCGAUCUACUAUCAAUAGAAACAAGAGUAAGAAGUUGAAUAUCAAAAACCCUAACUUCGUACCUCUUGGGGAGAACAAGUUCUUCGAGGACGUGAGGGUGAAGGAUAAGGAGGGGAAGAGGACAACGAAGAAGGCGACUGAAGAUUCCAAAGUUGAAACUGUUCUUCUUUCCUCGCUUCCCGCCACGCAGCAACUCGGUUUCUUCCUUGAUCGCUUCCAAUCAGCCAACAAAUCCAAACUAUCUCCUUUAGAGUUGGAGGAGUACAAAGAUGCAUGCAUGGUUGAACUCUCUAAGGAUAUCAAUCAGGAUGCAAACAACUUAAGUAAACAUAUUAAGGAUGCUUUUGGAGAAUCAUGGCAAGAGGUUCUUUGUGAUGGAAAGCUUUCAGAAGGAACAAUUGAACCAGGAAGUCCAGCAGUGCUUAUUAUAAGCGUCUCUGCAUUGAAGUCAUUGGAACUUCUCAGAGGCUUGAAAGUAUAUACAAAAAAAUGCCGUCCAGCAAAGCUUUUUGCAAAGCAUAUGAAAGUGGAAGAGCAGGUUGAAUUGCUAAGGAACCGAGUGAAUAUUGCAAGUGGUACACCAAGCAGGAUAAAGAAGUUAGUUGAUAUGGAUGCUUUAAUUCUUUCACGCUUAGCAGUGAUUGUCCUCGACAUGCGAAGCGAUGCCAAGGGCUAUUCUCUUCUUACCCUUCCGCAAGUCAGUGCUGAGUUCUGGGACUUAUAUAGAGUUCACUUCAAUGAAAGAAUUAUUCAAGGUAGAACAAGGAUCUGUUUUUACGGUUCAGCUGAACUUAGAAAUCCAAAGAAAGCAAUAAGUGAUUACUAAUCGCUGCUGUAUAAUGUUCCAUGCACUUUCCAAGCUGUCUCAUUGAAGAUUUGGGUGAUUUUGGCAGAUACAUGAAACUUGAAUAUCAAGCAGGAAUGCUCAAUUUUGAUAGUUAUAGCUGAAUUAUAUCUUAUUGUGACAUCAGUUUUCUAUAAAUAGGCUGUUUUUUUUAGAUUUAGGCUUCGUUUCAGACGGCUUUCUUACUGAUUUUUAAAGUAACUUUUUAAAUUUUUAUACUAAAAAGCUGCUUUAAGAAGCAGUAAGAAAAUUGUCCCAAAUGAAACCUUAAUUUGUUGAUUAGUUCUGAAGGAAUAAGCUGUAGUUAGCAUGCAAAGCUGCAUUCUAUGUUUUUGAAAAGCUUGGUUAGUUUAUUGAAGAAAUUAUGAUGAUUUAUGGUUGACU